AGGAGGCGGGCGGCGGCGGCGGCAGCAGGAGCGGGGCCGGACCAGGCCGGUCUGAGGCGAGGCGAGGCUCCGCGCGCCCUCCUCCCUCAACAUGUCGGCGCCGGCGGCCAAAGUCACCAAGAAGGAGCUCAACUCCAACCACGACGGGGCCGACGAGAUCUCCGACAAAGAGCAACAGGAAGCAAUUGAACAUAUUGAUGAAGUACAGAAUGAAAUAGACAGACUGAAUGAACAAGCCAGUGAGGAAAUUUUGAAAGUAGAACAGAAAUACAACAAACUCCGCCAACCAUUCUUCCAGAAGAGGUCAGAAUUGAUCGCCAAAAUCCCCAACUUUUGGGUAACAACAUUUGUCAACCAUCCACAAGUAUCUGCACUGCUGGGGGAAGAAGAUGAGGAAGCACUGCAUUAUUUGAUCAGAGUCGAGGUGACGGAGUUUGAGGACAUCAAAUCAGGUUACAGAAUAGAUUUUUAUUUUGAUGAGAAUCCAUAUUUUGAAAACAAGAUGCUCUCCAAAGAGUUUCAUCUGAAUGAAAGCGGAGACCCGUCAUCCAAAUCCAGUGAAAUCAAAUGGAAAUCUGGGAAGGAUCUGACAAAGCGCUCUAGCCAGACGCAGAACAAGGCCAGCAGAAAGCGGCAGCACGAAGAGCCGGAAAGCUUCUUCACCUGGUUCACCGACCAUUCUGACGCGGGGGCCGACGAGCUGGGGGAGGUCAUCAAAGAUGACAUUUGGCCAAAUCCACUGCAGUACUACUUGGUACCCGAUAUGGAUGACGAAGAAGGUGAGGGAGAAGAGGACGACGACGACGACGAAGAGGAGGAGGGCUUGGAGGACAUUGAUGAGGAAGGUGAUGAAGAUGAGGGUGAGGAAGAUGAAGAUGAUGAUGAGGGAGAAGAAGGAGAGGAGGAUGAAGGGGAAGAUGACUGAACACUGACAGAUUCCAACCACGGUCUAUCCCUCCUUUUCCCUCCACCAGUCCCUGGGAGCAAAUUGCUGUCUUAUUCCCCCCCUCCCCCCCCAUCCACCCUUUUGUGCUCAGUCGCAUUGUUCUCCUGAGGUCUUUUUUUCCUCUCCUCUUCGCCAUGGUUCACAAAUAAUUUUGGAGAAAAUAUCUUGAGCAGAAUACAGUGGAAGAGAAUCUCGACCCAUUUCAAUUUUUUUAUCCCUGUUUUGAAAUGAAAAAAACAAACUGUCAAUGGCAUCAACACACUGUGUUCUGUGGGGAAGAACGAGAACCUCCUGCUCCUGUCUCGUCUGCUGGAAGCUGAGGAGUGCUAGGCCCCUGUGUGGUAGUGCAUAGAAUCUAGCUUUUUCCUUUCUCUGUAUAUUGGGUUCAGAGAUUACACUGUGUCUCUAUGUGAAUAUGGACAGUUAGCAUUUACCAACAUGUAUCUGUCUAUUUCUCUUGUUUAAAAAAAUGAAAAAGCUAAAAAAAAUGGGGUUAUAGACAGGGUAAGCAAGGGUGGGUUUCAGAUGUUGGGGUGGGUUAAAUGGGCAUUUUGACAAAACAUGGCUUCUUCUCCUUUUGGCAUGUUUAAUCGUGAUGUUUAACAAACAUCUUUGCAGUUUAAGAUGACACUUUAAAACAAAAAGAAAUAAUAAUAAAUUCUCUCCUAAUCAUUACAGUUGAGCCCUUCCACUUGAUGGAGAAUCAGCAGAACCUGUAGGAUCUUAUUUGGAAUUUACAUUCUCUACUGUAAUUUUGUUCCUUGUUUUGGGUUUUUUUUUUCCCCCCAACUUUAUUUUUUAUUUUUUGUUUUGUUUUUGUUUCACUGGAAAAAGAAAGAUGCUCAGUUUUAAACGUUAAAAGUGUACAAGUUGCUUUGUUACAAUAAAACUUAAUGUGUACACAA